UUUGUGGCGCCCAGCCACUGCUGUCUUUUCCGCGACCCUCGGGAACAUCGACCUGUACCCUGUGUGUUCUUUGCUCCUGUGGCUUCUGCAGUUCCUUUCCGCCAGACAUGCCGUUUGUUGAGUUGGACACGAACUUGCCCGCCGGCCGUGUGCCCGCGGGAUUGGAGAAGCGGCUCUGCGCGGCCACCGCAACCAUCCUGAGCAAACCUGAGGACCGCGUGAACGUGACGGUGCGACCAGGUCUGGCCAUGGCGGUGAACGGCUCUACUGAUCCCUGCGCGCAGCUGAUCAUCUCCUCCAUUGGGGUGGUGGGCACAGCCGAGGAGAAUCGUGGACACAGCGCCCGAUUCUUCGAGUUCCUCACCAAGGAGAUGGGCCUGGGCCAGGAUCGGAUAAUUAUCCGAUUUUUCCCCCUGGAGCCCUGGCAGAUUGGCAAGAAAGGGACAGUCAUGACUUUUCUGUGAUUGACACAGAGGGCAUCUAUGAGCUGUCCCUUGCAGAGAGGCCUCCUGGCAGAGGAAGGGCCUGGUGGAUACCAGCUUCUGGCACCCCUUCAUGCAGUUGUGCCUGUGGCCUCAUAAGACCUCCUCUUCCCCAUCCUUGUGUCAAAUAAAGGAAGAGAUCUUCUUUUCUUCUUC